AUGGCGACAACUGCCGCGAGAGGCAUGGGUUUGGAUGACGCUACAGCUAAUUACUUGUCGAACACAUUGGCCAGUAUGGCUGCUUCUAUGGCACAAGCUUCGAGAAAUCAGGCUGAUUUUAUUCAGUCGAUGUCUUACGCAAUGGGCAAACUUUUAUCUGAUGCCGGUGCAAUUACUGAAAGCUCCGCUUCGUCAGCAGCAUCAAGUGCAUCUUCCACUGUAACCGAAACUAUUAGAACAUAUGGGCCCACUUCUAUAUUCAGUGGUCCUGCUGGUGACGGGGGAUACGGUUCAGGAACAGGAGCCGGUGCAGGUGCAGGAGCAGGAGCUGGUGGAGCAGGUGGAUAUGGACGAGGAACUGGUGCAGGUGCAGGAGCAGGCGCUGCUGCAGCGGCUGGUGCUGGAGUUGGAGGAGCAGGCGGAUAUGGUGGAGGAUACGGAGGCGGAGCUGGAGCCGGUGCAGGAGCAGGAGCUGGUGCCGGAGCAGGUGGAGCAGGCGGAUAUGGACGAGGAGCUGGUGCAGGUGCAGGAGCAGGCGCUGCUGCAGCGGCUGGUGCUGGAGUUGGAGGAGCAGGCGGAUAUGGACGUGGAGCUGGUGCAGGUGCAGGAGCAGGCGCUGCUGCAGCGGCUGGUGCUGGAGCUGGAAGAGCAGGCGGAUAUGGUGGAGGAUACGGAGGCGGAACUGGAGCCGGUGCAAGAGCAGGAGCUGGUGCCGGAGCAGGUGGAGCAGGCGGAUAUGGACGAGGAACUGGUGCAGGUGCAGGAGCAGGCGCUGCUGCAGCGGCUGGUGCUGGAGCUGCAGGAGCAGGCGGAUAUGGGGGAGGAUACGGAGGCGGAGCUGGAGCCGGUGCAGGAGCAGGAGCAGGAACAGGAUCUGGUGCCUUAGCUGGUGGAGCAGGCGAAUAUGGACGAGGAGCUGGUGCAGGUGCAGGAGAUUAG